GGCCUGCUGCACCCCUUCAGUCGGCGGUGUUUUCCUCCCUCCCUCCCGCCUGCUGUCGCCCAAUGAAAAUUAAAACGAAGACCUCCCGCCGCGGGGCGGUUUUCGCCUCUGAAGCCGCCUCCGCGGCCCGAGGCGAGAGCCCUCUGUCGAAGUUGAUUAUGGAAGAUUCUCACAAGAGUAACACUUCAGAGACAGCACCUCAAUCUGGUUCCACAGUUCAGGCAGCUCAUAUUUCUCAUAUUGCUCAACAGAUGUCAUUAAGAGGAUCUGCGCCAGUGACAAUUGUACCUCUUCCUGGAAAGCAAGUACAGGUUCAGGGGGUCAUCCAGACAGCUCAGUCUUCUGUAAUUCACCCACCACACGUGCAAACGGUAUCAUCUUUAUCAGAGAGUGAGGAGUCUCAGGACUCAUCUGACAGCAUAGGCUCCUCACAGAAAACCCACGGGAUCCUAGCACGGCGCCCAUCUUACAGAAAGAUUUUGAAAGACCUAUCUUCUGAAGAUACACGGGGCAGAAAAGGAGACGGAGAAAACCCUGGAGUCUCUGCUGUCACGUCUAUGUCUGUUCCAACUCCCAUCUAUCAGACCAGCACCGGACAGUACAUUGCCAUUGCCCCAAAUGGAGCCUUACAGCUGGCCAGUCCAGGCACAGAUGGAGUACAGGGCCUUCAGACAUUAACCAUGACAAAUUCAGGCAGUACUCAGCAAGGUACAACAAUUCUCCAGUAUGCACAGACUUCUGAUGGACAACAAAUACUUGUGCCCAGCAACCAGGUUGUUGUACAAACUGCGUCAGGAGAUAUGCAGACAUAUCAGAUCCGUACUACACCUUCAGCUACUUCACUACCACAGACCGUGGUGAUGACGUCUCCCGUGACCCUUACAUCUCAGACAUCCAAGACAGAUGACCCCCAACUGAAAAGAGAAAUAAGGUUGAUGAAAAACAGAGAAGCUGCUCGAGAAUGUCGCAGAAAGAAGAAAGAAUAUGUGAAAUGCCUGGAAAAUCGAGUCGCAGUUCUGGAAAAUCAAAACAAAACUCUAAUAGAAGAGUUAAAAACUUUGAAGGAUCUUUAUUCUAAUAAAAGUGUUUGAUUCUUAAGAAAGAAAAUAUUUUUGUGGACUUGCCUAAAAAUUAGAUGGAUUUCUUUUUAGUGGAGUUUUAUGAAUUAAAAGGUCAAAAAUGAAGCUUUUUAUUUAGGUUUUUACAACUCAAAGAGAAAAUACCUUACACGAGAGAUCUGGUGACAGAGGAUAAAGUGGAAAAAGACCUCAAGGAAGUUACUGGCACAACUGGAAGCUCUGUAAAAAUUAAACAUACUCAAGAAACAUUUGAAAUGAACUUUCACCAAUUCGAAUUUUCUAAAUAACAAUAGUUGCCAAUAUUCCAAAAACGGUAGAUAAGAUGAAAUUUGGUAAAUCAAAUCUUUAAAAAUAAAUCAGUUUACCCUUACAGGUUUGCAUUUCUGUUUCCUAAAAUUUUUCUUUCUUCAAUUGUGUGUGUGUGUUCUGUUUCUGCCAAUAAAUUCUACAUUGCAAAUAGAAAAGAAAAGCUAAUACAUAACUAAAUAUAUAAAUUAUGUAUCUUGAUUAUAUAUACUUGUUCCGUUGUCAGGUCUCAAAUGGGUUUUUAAAAGUCUGUUGGACUCAGGAGGGGUUUUGAGACUAGGUUGACAAUUUUUGAGGCCUUGUCCUAAAAGACAUCUAAGGUACAUGAAUGGAGUAUGGUGAUUUUGUAACAUUUUUUAUCAGAAUGGAAAAAGAAUUGUUUAAAAGUUUGAUACUUUUAAAAUAGUUUUUUGGUUACUCUGGGAAUGGUGAUUUUCUACAAAUAUUUAAUAAAUUGUUUUUUGAUUCUAUAUUCUGUAUGCAGUUGAAUAUACAUUACUUACUCUGUUGUGCUUUAAUAGAAUGGAAUGUUUACAGGCCCUUAAGAUAGAGUAUUUUGAAAACCUUCUGAAGAUGCAUACCAAAGUUUUCCAAGAGGAUUUUAUAAUCAGUUUAAUGUAAGGUUUAUCAGAUUCUAAAUACAGUUACUAAGGCAAUUUUAUGUUAGAGACUAUUUUGUAAUGUAGUGAAUGGUACAUUUAUAAGAAAAGUGACUGCCAAUAUAUUUUUAUAGCUAAUCUUUAUAAAUUCUAAAGUUAAGUUUUUAAUGAUUAUUUUAAAUGUUUAUAUAGUUUGUUAGUAAAAAAUAUUUUGCAUCUCAAAGUAUCAUUUUUAUAUCAUGGGAAGCAAAGUUUCCAGAUUGGCUGAUAUUUGGAUUGUAAGUUUUGUGUGCAGUUUAUCCAAGGUUCAGAAAUGCUGUCAGCACACCACUGUUCAACCUCUGUAUUCCAAUUUGUAUACACUUUGAAAUUGUACUGCAAAACUAUUGUGCGCUUCUUAUACAAUAUGUAUCAUAUUGUUGUGUAUGAAAUUAAAGGACAUUUGAUAAAAUUAA